CGCCAAAGGAAACGUUUGAAUGGGUGCAGCCCAUGUUUCUUUUCUCCCUUCCUCUUGCGGUUCACGGCUGUCUGCAAACGGGGAGCUUCAGCUUAUCUGACAGCGAUCCGCAUUCGCUGUCCUGGGAGCAUCACCUGUGACUCCCAAGAAGUCAGACGGGGACUGGCUGUGAAUUAGAGCUUCGUACGCGCUCAGAGGUAGCUUUUUCUGGCCAUAUUCUGAGCCCUGGUUUUCGCAUUCAAAUCAAGUUGCAAGCCUGAGACUUGAUGUUACCCAGUUUUGCUGCCCUCUGCUCAUUGCCUGGGGGUAUACACAAUGUUCACAAAGAUGGGUGACAGUGAGAAUGAGGAACUACCUGCCUUUUCUUUUCUAAAGAAGCAGCCACCUCUAAGAGACGAAGUAGUUGUGCUCAACAGCUCGGAUUCUGAGGAUUCAUCCACACAGUCUCCUGCAUGGAAAAAGUCCCGUAGCACACAAGGUUCAGCCGGCGCUACUAAUCUGAAAAAAAUGGUAGAACUCAGCAGUGAGAGUGAAGAGGAUGAGGGCCUGUUGCCCUUGGCUGAAAGGCUCAAGAGCAACUUUUUGAGCCACAAGACUUCUACAACUGGAGCUUCAUUUACUAGAAUCCUAGAACCAAGAAGCCAAGAUUUUGUGGACAGUGAGAGGCUAUACUCAAAUGGUGAACAAGUAGCCACGGUUUAUUCUCAGCAGUCACCACCUGGAGCAUCAGACAUUGAGAAAAGAGCUGCACCCGAUAUUUGGGAGUUGUCAGACAGUGAUCAGGAAUUGGCACCUAGAAUUCCUGAGAAACAAUCAGUAAACCAGCUUUCAGUUUGUCUCUCUCAGUGCUCAGUAGAAAAUGGAAGCCAUCACAUGGCUAUGAGCCUGAAGUCCUUACCUCUUCCAACAAAACAAAACCGUAGCCAGGAGCAGCUUGACAAAGUUCAGAAGAGAAAAGAUCGAGAAUGUCAGAAGAGGUUGCAGGAGCAGGAAAGAGAGAGCAAAAAGACUCUUGCCAGUCUGUGGAAGGCUCAGAGACCUGAAGAGUGUCUGAAACACAUUCAGAUAAUGCUGGAUCCAGGUCUUUUACAGGUAGAGGGAGGUGGACAGGUACUUACCACUCUGCAGUCUAUGGACUGUAGCUACGUCAUUGAGAAUCAAGCUGUACCCUUCAGUAUUACAUGGAGAAGGAAAACGGGACCAGCUCAGGUUGAAGAAAACAGCUGGAUAGAAGAACCCAACAUCCUUGUUCUUAUUCUCCUAGAAGAGUUUGUCUCCAUGAUCCAAAACUAUAAGCAGGUUAAUCUGCAAGGAUGUGGUGUGACUUUGCAGAGCUUUGUGGCUAAUGUAAAGAAGACAAUCCCUGGGAAAACUCUGGCUCUGGCUGUAGUUGAACUAGAAAAAUACUUCAGUUGCCACAAGCAGAAGCAAAAAAGACUGCCGCAAGCCAUACCUCACACCAGUGAUGCACAAGAGCAGAGCAAACAAAGGAAUCGGAAAGGGAAGGCCACUCCAACCCCAAAGUUAUCUAGAGUGGAUGUGGAAGAAGCUUUAGUAGGGCUACAGCUUCACACAGGCGUCCAGAUUCGAGUCCUCGAGAGCUGGAAGGAGUUUGCCGAUUUUGCUGGCAUGUUCACCAAGGCUGUAGCUGAAGCGCCAUUCAAAAGGGAACGGGAUAAAAGCAGCUUUUCCUUCUGCUUGGAUGGUGACUGGAUUGGAGGGAAGAAGGUAGAUCGCUCUGGAAAGGGGCUGCUACAAGUCUGGAAGAGACAACUUCAGCAAUUUAACAGAGUCAGUCUAGAGAUGGCCAGUGCCAUUGUGGCCAAAUACCCUUCCCCACGGCUCCUUGUGCAGGCCUACAGGACCACCCCCUCUGAACAAGAGCAACAGAAUCUUCUUGCAGAAAUACCUGUACGUCGUGGUGAUGGUGUGACUGCUACUACAAGGCGGAUUGGUCCAGAGCUCUCCAAACGGGUUUACUUACAGAUGACUUCCCACAACCCUGACUUAUCUCUGGAUGAGCCAAAAACAUAGACUUAAGCAAACACUCUGUACAAACUAUUAAUUUUAUUAUUGGGGGCGGGGGGGGAGCAUUAAACAUUUCUUUCAAAAAAUAAAAGUUGCCCAGAGACUGGAGAAAAGUGA